AGAUCAUUGCUUACCAGCCAUACGGGAAGUCUGUGGACUGGUGGGCCUUUGGCAUCUUACUUUACGAAAUGUUAGCUGGGCAGGCUCCUUUUGAAGGGGAGGAUGAAGAUGAACUAUUCCAGUCCAUCAUGGAGCACAAUGUAGCCUAUCCCAAGUCUAUGUCCAAGGAAGCUGUGGCUAUAUGCAAAGGGCUUAUGACAAAGCAUCCUGGCAAACGCCUGGGCUGUGGACCAGAGGGGGAGCGAGAUAUAAAGGACCACGCAUUCUUCCGAUAUAUAGACUGGGAGAAGCUUGAGAGGAAAGAGAUCCAACCGCCCUACAAGCCAAAGGCGUGCGGCCGAAAUGCUGAGAACUUCGACCGGUUUUUCACCCGCCAUCCACCAGUGCUAACGCCACCUGACCAGGAGGUCAUCAGGAACCUCGACCAAUCAGAAUUUGAAGGAUUUUCCUUCAUUAAUGUUGAGUUUGAGCAACUGGAGAUGAAAGACUGA